AUGGCGACGGCGACGGGGACGGGGGCAAAAAUGGAGAAGCGGCGGCCUCGUUUAGGGCUGUUGACCUCGUUUCUUCCAAAGCUCACAUCUCGCUCAGGGCCGCAAUCCCCGGAGAUCAAUCGGAAGCCCCUUCCGGCAAGCUCGACGACCUCCUCUUAUACCUCGCCGACCAGUACCGUACCGACAAUGACGACAGCGACCGCCAGGACGAGCGCCGACUCCAAGUCGUCUUCCCGCUUUGGGUCGGGGCCCGGGUCAACAACCUUGUCGCCCAUCGAACAGAGCGCGCCGCUCUUCGAAAACACCCCUCUUGAGUCCUCGCCGCCCAGGAAGCUUCACAAGAUACCAGCCAUGCCUACUGGCCCGCCACCACCGCCGCCCACCCUCCUCAAGAAGCUCGGUACGCCAGCCCGCGUACCGGCCGUCACAUCAACCCAGGCAACGCCCCCAAGUGUAAGGAGAGCCGACAGGAGCCCGUCACCCGACCGUCCCCCGUCGAGGGCAAGGCUCCAGCCGAACCAGCCUCAGCCCCGGCAACUGUCUCCGAAUCCGAACCCGCGUGGUCGCAGUGUCUCGGCUCAGCCCCCGGUCGUCCGUGAUGCCGCGGUCGACACCUCGCGAGCAGUCUCUAACCCAAUCCAAAGCGGGUCUUUGUUGAAGCCCCCCAGCGAGGGUAGCCCCCCCAUCAUCGCCGACAAGCGGAAGAGGAAAAGCUGGUUUCCGGGCGCCCGAUCGAGAGCUAGCUCGGAUGUUACUAAGCCCAUGCCCCGUGGCGCCUGGGUUAUGUCGCCAGAUAACCAAGUCGACUAUAACAUCGCGCCCCUGGUGAAUGGGGAGAAGGUACCAUCUCCCAUUGCAGGAGAGUUGUCGUGCUCGGUCAAAACGCUAACCGCAUGCAGGUGCCUGAACUAUGGAGGUCCCGUGACCGAAGGCCAUUUGUAUCUCCCCCUCGGCAACACUGACCUCGAACGCCUUGUCGCCGCGCGGAACCUCUUCGCGCUCCUGACGCACCAGCCCCUUGUAGGCACAUCCGAGAAUUCGACCCUGUUUGCCGCCGUGCUCCAGGUCGCUGGUCUGCUUCGGCGGUUCAACUUCUGCAGCUUCGAUGGUUCCUCCUUUGGCGAAUCGGUCGACAGGGCCUUCGACUUGUUUAUGGACCAGACCGGCAUCGCCGAUGUGCGCCACAGCCGGGAGAAGACGCUCGAGGCGCUCAUCCUGGCGGAGCAGAUCAAGUCGUGGAACCUCUACAACGAGGCGUUUGCCCAUGCCGUGGGCAAAUAUGAGUAUCUCCUCGAGCUCAAGUCGCCUCUCUACGACCGAAUCUCGGUCAGCACCCGCCAGCGCAUGGACCGCGCACAUUUGGACCUGGCCAACCGCCAGGCCAGCGUCAACACGCGACUCGAGGCGUUUGAGUUCCCCUCGCUAUUCUCCGGCACCGCCAACUCGACCUCGUCCGAGGAGUACAAAAACGUCAGGUUUAAGGAAUGGCGGACUUCCUUCGCCAAGAUGAAGAGCUUCGUCCUCAGCUACUACAAGGGCCUUUUUGGCAACUGGCCGCCGCGGGCCCGCAGCAAGAAGAACCACUUCUCGCAGAGCGGGCUGAACCGGGAGUGCCUGAAGAUCCUCUACUCGGACUUCUGCGCCCUCUACGAUCUUCUGGUGGAUCGGCAGUCCAUGACACCCCGUGUUAUCGGGGAGGGGCAUGACGACUCCGACGACGAUAGCAAGAAGACGCCCGCCGAAGCUUCCAUUUCCGCCCUCCGCAGGGUCCUCGGCGAGUUUGACAAGUCGUCGCCCCCCGUGCUGCCGCCGAUCCCCUUCGACGUCCCCAAGCUGCCGAGCAUGACGGCAAUCUACGAGAACUACCACGACCUCCCCGCCAAAAAGCAAGCCAAGUACAGCAAGGCCCUACAGCCCCACGAGCUCCAGCUCAUUCUCAUCAAAUCCCGCAACAUCGACACCGACGCCCUCACCCUCCCCUUCCUAGUCGCCUACAAGGAGUUCGAGCUCAAAGAAUCCAAGGGCACCAACCCCGCCGACCUCGCCGACCAGCGUAUCGGCAACUGGCUGUUCCUCUACGUCGUCAUCCAGUCCCUCCCCAUGCUGGUCGUCGACGCUCCCGGCCUGCACUACACCGAAGGCGUCGAAGACUUUUUGUGCCAGGCGCCACAAGGCAACCCCCCCUGGACCGAAGACGCCGGCCAGACCCGCAAGAUGUGGUUCCAAACCGGCAGUUCCAACAUGGUCGAGCUCUCUGCGGACGUGGUCAUGUUCUCAGUCGAAGGCAUCUACAUGCGCUCCCACUGCUGGCUGGCCGCCAAAGAAUGGGAUGCCAUCGCCGCCGGCGCCCCUCCCACCACCACCACCACCACCACCGCUCUCACCGAACAAACCUCGCCCCUCCACCCCCCGCGCGCCGGCUUCCACGAGAUGGACCCAUCCUCCACCACCUCACCCGCCACCACAACCUCCCCCAUCACCACCACCGCCCCACCCCCCCCUAACAAACCCACCAACACCAACAACAACACCGCUCCCAAUCCCCCAGCCUGCACCCCAACCUCAACCCCACCACCCACAACUCCACACACCACUCCACCCCCACCUCCUCGCCGCACCUCCGCCCCCGCAGCGGCUCGACCAACGACCGCGCACGCCAGGCCUUCCGCGCCAGCAUCGCCAUCGGUCUCGAGCCCUUGCCCAUGCCGGCUGUCCCGGCGGCGUCGGCGUUUGACCGCGGCUCGCGCGUGCUGA